CCCGAUCUGAUCUCCUUCCCCGGUGGCGGCCUCCCCUCCGUGACACUCUAGCAGUGGACUCGUCCAGUCGGCUGCGCAACUCGCGCGAAGCAAGUUCAUUCCCGCCAAUGCGACGUAGCGUCCCAGUCGGCGAGCCUAGCAAGGUUUUCGUUCUGAUCCCGCCACGGUGACGUCACUCAACUGUAGAUUAGUGUGGAGAACCACAGCAGUAAUGUGUUGUGCAGGAAUCGCCGGAUUUAUUAUGUUUCGUGCGUACGUUUUCCUGCCGAGAGAAGCUACGUGAAGGUUCCCCGAUGAAGAGUUCAGCGCAAGAUGGUUAGAGAGACUCGUCAUCUGUGGGUCGGAAAUUUGCCGGAGAAUAUCCGUGAGGAUCGCAUCCGAGAACAUUUUAAACGCUAUGGGCGCGUCCAGAGCGUCAAACUGCUGCCGCGCGUCAAGGACGACGACGGCGGGGGUUCCAGCGGGCUGUGCGCCACCGUCGCCUUCAUGGACAUCAAGUCGGCGUCCAAGGCCCACAACAUGGAGCACAAGCUGGACGAGCGGUGCCUGAGCACCGAGUACUACGAGCCCGCUGCCAUCCCCGGAGGCUACUCCACGCCGCGCUUCCCCCACGGACCUUCAGACCGGUCUAGCCACUUCUACGCGCGCGAGGGUGACGCGGUGUACCUGCGCCGCGCCGCCGUGGCCGCCGCUGCCGCGUGGUCCGCCGCAGACCCCCUGCGCGGCCGCGCCAGGGAGCGGGAGCGCCUCUACCGCAACGGGCCCUACCCACCGCUGCUCGACAGGGGCCAGGCGACGCACCACCGGCCGCUGGCGAACAACUGGAGCUACGAGCCGACGGCAGGCAGCGUGCGCUACCCGGCGGGCAGCCAGGGUGCCGACCCAUAUGCCGACCCCGACCCGGGGCCCGGCCCGGGCGCCGGGCCCGGCCGCAGGGACCUGCCGCCCGCCGCCCACAAGAAGAGGACCAAGUCCAGCCGAUCGGGCAGCGAGUCACGUUCGAACUCUGCGUCCAGUAGAUCUAGGUCUCGAUCUCGCAGUCAUUCUCACUCCAGCUCCAGCUCGAGCCACUCUGGCUCCAGCAGCUGUAGCUCCGGAACAUCUACCCCUGCCACUGACAAGUCAUGUUCACCACAUAGCAGCCAUCAUGGAGCACUACGUGGCAGUGGAAGAGUGUCUCUGCAGUCGACUGUGAGUGCAGCACAUAUGAACAAUGUCAGCCCUGCUGUUCAUACAGAUGACCGCCGCCCUCUCGCCAUCUGUGUUCGAAAUCUUCCCACCCGCUCCAGUGAUACGAGUCUUAAGGAUGGACUCUUCCACGAAUACAAGAGGUACGGGAAAGUGACAUCAGUUAAAGUUAUUGGACAAGCUGGAGAUCGCUACGCUAUAGUUUGUUUCAAGAAACCUGAUGAUGCAGAGAAGGCACUGAAAGAUUCUCAUGAUAAACAGUUCUUUGGGUGCAAGAUAGAAGUUUCAUUCUAUCAAGGCUAUGAUGUAGAUGAGAGUGAAUCUAGACUGUAUGAAGCUGAACAAGAUGAAUUUCAUCCUAAAGCAACCCGAACUUUAUUCAUUGGAAACCUGGAGAAAGACGUCACUUCAUCUGAGCUUCGAAAACAUUUUGAACAAUUUGGAGAAAUAAUUGAAAUUGAUAUUAAAAAGUCUGGCGUUGCAAUACCAUAUGCCUUCUGUCAAUUCACUGACAUCAGUAGUGUUGUGAAGGCUAUACGUGCUAUGGAUGGCGAACAUAUGGGCAACAACCGCAUUAAAUUGGGGUUUGGGAAAUCUAUGCCUACAACGUGUGUUUGGGUGGAUGGCAUCACAGAGCAUGUUUCUGAGAAGUACCUGAAUAUGCAGUUCAACCCUUAUGGAACAAUUCUGCAUAUUACAUUGGAUCGUGUAAGAGGCCAGGCUCUCAUCUAUUAUGAGCAGCUCGCCUCUGCUCAGGAAGCUGUCAGGGAAAUGCGGGGCAUUGGAUUGCGGGGUCACAAGUUGCAAGUUGAUUUUGCAUCCAGGGAAUGCCAGGAAGCUUUCUAUGAACACUUGGAGAAGCAGGGGCAUGCAGUGAUCGGUGCAGAACGGCCAUGGGAACACUACGAAAACAACCGUGAAAUACCAUCUGGACGUUUUGACGCUACUGUAUCAACUCCUGGCUCCCGGUUUUCUCGGUAUGAAUCGUCCCAGCGAACGUCUAGGACAUCACUGUAUUCAAGAUCCGGUUCGGGAAGUGGUAGUGGUAGCGGCAGUGGUACGCCAGCUACUCCACCUGCCCCAGCAGGUGUUAGUGGCACAAACAGCAGGCCUACAUCAAGAUCUCAGCGUUCCUCAGGAAAUCAGCGGUACGAGCAUUAUGAUACUGCUGACUACACUGACCGCCGACACAGAAGUUACGACGAAUUCAGCCAAGGCAGUGGAGCGAGUCAUGAUGACUCUUACGAUCAAGAUGUACGUGACUAUGGUUAUCGGGACCGAUGUGACAGCAGUCCCACACCAGCAGUGUGUGAUCCAGUAGACAUCUGUCGACGGAGUACAACUGCUGGACGUGUGCCAAAGAGUUCGAGCCCUUGUGAAAAACCCUUACAGGGUGAGGAUGUCGAUUUCAAGCCUCGCCAUUCACUACAGAGUGUAGUCGUCGAUGCGGCAGCACCUCUACCUCCACCACCUCCUCAGCCAGCGGACAUCAGGCAUCUACAGAAGGAGCGUGUUCAUCUUCUAGAGCAGUUAGAGGACUGUACCAGUUCAGGAGAUGAUGAUCCUGCUCCAAAGAAGCGGGCAAAGCUGGACUCUGUUGACCUGCAGUCAUCCUGUAAUGCAGAUCUAUCUUAUGACUGUGAACCUUCAUUAGCAAUAGUAACACACAAUCAUAGGAAAACGGACGUACGUAGACUUUCGGACAGCAAACACUGUGCAAGGAGAUUAUCAUCUGAUAGCCUUUCGAGACACAGUAGGGAUGGAAGGGAAGCUUCAACUGACCGUCCAGUGUCGGUACAGGGUUAUUCUCCUCAUCCGGUUUGCAAACGUCGGAAAACAGGCAGUAGUGCAAGUGAGAAUGAAGAAAGGACAAGUUGUCGUAGUGGAAAACAUGGACACCAUCAUCACCAUCACCAUAAUGAUGUGACUGUAACGACUGUUAGUGGCAGUGAAAGUGUUGAUGGUAGUCGUCCAGGUACUCCUUUGUGUGACGAACGGCCAGAAAAUCUUUUGCCCCCUUCUGAACCCAGGCGUAUACCUCGCGAGAGAAAUACCACCGAAGGACCCUUAUCGUUGCCUCUUCCCAGGUUUGCAGCGCAGGUGCUGUCAUCAUCCUCGAGGCUGUCAGCAUCGGCCUCGAGUACAAGUUCAGGAAAGCCAGCCCCGUCCAGCAGUAUCAUCUCUUCUCCUCCACCUGCACUAACUUCACCAAGACCAACACAUGCUACACCAUUGCUACAACCACCACCUAGUCCAAGUAUCGUUCCGCCUCCAGCAUCGCCGCCACCACGACCAGCCUCGAUACUUUCAUCAUCAUCAUCUGAUUCCGAGUUGUCUCCUCCGUCUCCGACACUGGAGGAACGAAUCAAAUCUUUAGAUGAAAAAUAUGAGAAAUGGUCUGGAUCUCGUGCAAUAAGUGCAGCUGGAGGUGAUGCUCUAGCAAAACUUGAUGCUUCUGCAAGUGAACGUUUUCGUUUUCGUCACAAGCUUCUGGAUCUUGAUGACCUUAAGCCUUCUGAAAUAGUGAAAUCAGUGUUAGCUAAGAGGAGUGUAUUUGAUGAAGACACAAAGCGUCUGGAAAACAUUGGUGACAAGUAUGAGCCUCGUGAGUGGACAGCUGGGUGCUUUCAGAGCCUUCGUGUGAAAACUGAACCUAGGGAUGCAUCUCAGUGUAUAGCUCUUGCCAAACCUUCUGUAUCAGCCAGUAGUGUAAGUGUUUUAACGGCUCCAGUUGGACCACCUAAAAGUGGCUCUUUUACCAUUCCUAGUGCGUCGCGACUUCUGAGUGCUUCCUCACCCAUGCAUUCACCAUCGCAGCCUCACCCAAAAUCUCCUUUUUCUGUCAGUAGCCCUACCACUCCUACAACUGUUGGGAAAACACAUACUCAGUCAGUCUCUAUAGGGACUGUACCUCUUAUACAAUCUUGUAACAAACUACAGCCGAUGCCAAAGAGUUCUAGUGCUGUUUCUCCAAGACCUGGGGGUCCUACACUGCCAACAGCAAAGGGACUUCAGUAUCCUUUCCCUAGCCAUCCACCUGUAUUACCAACAACUACUGUGGCUACGACAACUGCAGGCACCACUAUAGGAACUCUAGUGUCUGUGUCGACUGUAGGAGUAAAAGCUAGCUUGUCUGUAAAUGUACCUGCUACUUCUGCAAAUGUGUUGUUUUUGCCUGAAAUGUCGCGGACAAGUGCUAUUAAACCUCCAGUCUCACAGACCUUACCCAAUAAUGUUGUUAACACCCCGGAUAUGAGACUAGCAAGACCAUUAUCAUCUGUAACAGUAUUGACAACGUGUACGGGCACAAAACCAUCAUCGGAGGUGAUAAGUAGGCUGCCUCAAAAGGCAGUAACUUCCUCUCAUUCUGUUGUAUCAGUUGCAUCAUGUCGAGUAAGUACUCCCAAGACGCUGGCUCCAAGUGUGACUGUGUCUCUGCCUGUUGCUGUUAGUGUUUCCAAUACUCUGUCAGAAACUGUGCGGGCAUCUCAUACUUCAGUAAAAAGUUCUAGUACUGCAAGUUCCUCAGAUAACACUGCAACUAAAACACCAGUAGUUUGUAACAUUACUCCGUCAAAAACUUCAGCAGUUAUAUCUGUUGCAUCUUCCACACCUAAAACUACUGUAACUUCAACUUCAUCACAAGCUACAUCUCGAGGAUUAAUAGGAAUGAAAUCUACAGGCUCUGGUGUGCUGGUACCGGCUGGUAGUGCUUUGUCAACAAAAAGUGUGAGAGCUAAUGAACAUCUACCGAAGAUCAUAGGUUCGCCUCCGCCGCGAAGUGACACUUUCAGGCCAAAUAACAUUCCAGGAUUAAAAUCUGCAAAUGUGAGUGAUAGCCAGUCUUCUAGCUCAAGGCUUGUUACCAAUCCAGCAAUAUCACUGCCAUCUAUUGCUUCAGCUUCUGUGAUGAUGACUCCUUCUGGGACAACAUCUCUCUCUGUGACGUCUGUUACUGCUGCAUCUGGUGGGGAUGGUUCUUUGAGUAUUGUUACGUCAGGAGUUGUGACAUCCGCGAUCUCAGUAACAGAAUCUGCAAAACAGAACAAAACUAAAUGCUCUGCUUCAAGAAAAGAUUCGAAAGAUAAACAGAACGAGACCUCCACAACAUGUAAACCUGUACCUUCUGUGAAAAAAGAUGCUUUGUUGUCACCAACGAAGAAAGAGGCUAGUGUGAGGGAUACAGAUAAUGUGAAGGUAGCAAAUCUUCAUAAACAAAAAAAUGUUUGUCUUUCCAGUGAACGAAAAGAAAAGAAAGUUGCCACAUCAUGCUUAAGGAGAGAAAGUGAGCAAGAUACGGAGAGUAUAGACAGGCGGAAAGAAAGGUUUGACAGCACUGAUGACAGAAGGAGAGACUCUGUUGACAGUAUAGAAAAGAGGAAAGAUUCUGAGUUAUUAGAUAAAGAUAAGAGAAAGGACAAUCUUCCUUUUGAAAAUGAGAAAGAAAAGAGAAGGGAUAUGGCAGAAAUGGUUGAAAAGGAGAAGAAAAAGGAGAAAGAUGUUCAAGAGUCUAAUGAACGUGAUAAAUUCAGAGAGAUGGAUGGAGAGAGAUGUGAAAGGUGGAAAGAUAGUCAUUUAUUGGAAAAUCUUGAUAAAGAUAAAUGGAAAGAGAAGGAUGAAAUUUUUGAAAAGGACAAAAGACGUGACAGUAUAUCUGCAGACCUUCAGCAGAGAGAUGCUGAAGACAGAGAGAGGCGGAAAGAGCGUCGUAAAGAUAGAACAAGUAACAGCAGUUCUCCUGCGAGCAUUGGCUGUAAGCGUAGAAUGAGCUCACAAGACAGUCUAGAAAGUGUACCAGAUGAUGCCAAAAGAAUAAAACUUUCACCUGCUGUUAGUAUUGAUCAGCGCAAAAUACCAGAAAGGCGCGAUUCCAAAGACAGCGGUCGAAGUAGCAGCAGCAGUAAACGAAGUAGUGCAGAACGCCCUCGUCAUAAUGAAAAGAGUUUCACAAAACAGCUGGAAGAUAAGAUUCGUGAUGAUAAAAAAGGUAAAGAUGAAUUGGACAAGAAGAGAGAGAAAGAUAUCAGAAUACAGGAAGAUGCAGAAAAGCAUAAACCAAAGGACAAACAGAAGAGAAAGAACAAGGUAGAAAAAGAAAUCUUGAAAGAAAAGGAUAAUACAAAAAUUAAUAAAGAAUCUCCUGUUGAUAAGGACUUUUCACCAAAAAGUGGAAAAAAGAAGGAAGACAGUGAGACUGAAGAUAAGGAAGAGAAACACAAACAUCAAAAGAAAGAAAAAAAGAGAAAUUCAAAAGAUGAGUUUGUAACAUCAGAUGUUGUUGAAGAAAAGGUAAAGAAUAUUAAAAAAGAGAAAGAAAAAAGAAAUAGCUGUGAUAAGAAAAAGGAUGAGGCUUCCAACAGAGAUGAUCAUAAAGGGAAAAAGGAUUCAAAGGUCCACAAGAAAGAGUUCAGUCAUUCUGAUUCAGAUACUGAGGAUGACUGUGCAGACGGUCCCAAAAAGCAUUCCAUAUUUGAUAUAAUAGAUGAUGGACCAGCAUACAUUUCAAUGUACGACAAAGUGAAAGCGCGCUCAACUAAGAAUAUGCAGAAACAAGAAGAAGAAAAGCGUCAGGAAAAGAUGAGAGAGAAGUUCAAUUUAUUAAAACAGUCUCGUGCAAAACGUGAGGAGAAGAAGAGGUCAACAUCAUGGGAUGAAGAUUCUGAUUCUGACAAUGCUGAUAGGGACCGAAGUAAUAAAUCCACCAAAAGGUUAACAAAGCUUAUGAUAAGCAGCUCUUCUGAAGAUGAUAUUCGUGCUCGUUCCUCUUAUGAUUGUGAGGAAAUAAAAACAAAUAAGAUGCGAUCAGGUGUGAAAGUGAAAAAGGAGGAAAGUUCUAUAACUAAGUCUGAUUCUGAUUCUGAUAUGCAACAGAGGCAAGGAAAAGUAAUGCUAAAAGAGAACAAAAGAGUAGACAUAAAAUUGGAAGGAAGUGAGGAGGAUGAGAAUUCUGUAAAAACUAAACAUUCCACAUCAUCUAGAAAAGGAAGCCGAUCAAAAUUGAUAUCUGAUACAUCUGAAGAUGACAAUACUGCUGCGAGAUUCAAAUGUAACCCUGUUAAAGUUUCUGACAUUUAUUCAGCAGAAAGUGACGGAGAUGCUGUGUAUACAGAUGUUGAUGACAAAGGUAUUGGGAAAAAAUCAAGAUCAAGCAAAAUUUGCAAAACUUCUUUGGAUACAUCAAAUGAUGAAAGCAGUCAAAAGUUGGUCUGUGAAGACACAAAAGUGGCUCUUGAUAAACAGAAUCUCUUCAAAAAAGUCAUUAGUAAAAGUAAACAACAAAAAAGUACUCUUGACUCUUCUGAUGAUGAAAAUCUGAGGAAAUUCUCAUCUGAACCAACCAAGAUAAGUAUGUUUAGUGAAGAGAAGCAAGCUAUAUUCAGAAAGUCAAUUGCAAAAUCGAAAUUGGUGAAGGUCGCUGUAGAUUCAUCUGAUGAUGAUAGUACCCGCAAAAUGCUUGCUGAGUCAAUGAAGGGAAAUAAUUUUAAUGAAGAUAAUAAACUAAGUUUGCUAAACAGAUAUGGUGUAAAAGCUAAAAUAAAAUCUAUAGAUUCCUCAGACGAAGAAAACAAUAAAAUAUUGAAUGUAGAAUCUUCAAAAAGCAGUUUUGUUUCUGAAAACCAGCAGCCAUUUAAAAAGAAUUUUAACAGAAGCAAAAUUUCUAAAAUAUUCACUGAUCCUUCUGCAGAUGAUGUUCAGAAACUACAAAGUGAUUCUGAGAGGGAUGACAUGUUUGGAGAUACUUUUGUUUCUAGUAAAUGUAAUCAAAUCAAGAUUGAGCCACAACUUGAAAAUAUUUCUGAUGCUGAGCCAACUGAAUCAACUCCACCUCCUCAGCUUGAAAAGGUUGUAUUUUAUGGGAACUGUGUUACGAAAGGCAAUGAUACUGUGAGAAAGAAAUCACACAAAAAGAAACAGAAACGGCAAAAGAGUAUUCUAGACAAUGAGGAUGUUGGAAACACUGAUAAGGAUGUAUAUGAAGCCCAAGAAACAGAAAACUGCAUCAUAGAAGAAAGUGGAAAAGCAAAAAGUGACAGUGAACGGAAGAGGCAUAAAAGAGACAGGAGAAAGUCGAGUCACGGAAAAUUGUUAGACUCAGACGGAAAACAGUUGAAGAUUCGCAAAAAGAAGUCUGGAAAAUCAGAACAAGGAGUAUUAAAACCAGAAAAUAGCUUGAAAAGGGAAGAAAAAAUGGAAGAUAUCUUUGGACCAUCAUCUGAUGAAUCUGAGCAUGACUGUGUGAAAUCGUCAACUGCAUCACACGCUCUUCAAAACAGUGUAUUUGAUCAGAUGUCUCCAAAGUGGCAAGUUUCAUUAGUAUAUGGCUCAGACUCUGAUUCUAAUGUUGAUCAUACAACACUCAAUUCACAAAUUGAUCACUUUGAAACAUCAGAUAGUAUAUUACCUAGGUCAGCAGAAAAGGAAAGGAAACGGAAAGAGAAAAAACGCAAGGAAAGAAAAUUACGUGAAGAAGAAGGUAUAGCAGGUGACCUUGCUGAAGCAGGAAGAGCUUUGGAAGCAAAGUUAUUAGAUGAUGAUUAUGUUGAUGAUGAAUUGACAAAUGCCAACUUCCUGAAAACUGAUGGUAGUGGAAUAAAACAAGAAUCAAGUGCAGAUGCUGACGUAUUUCAUUUCACAGAUGGUGAUGACAGCUUGGAAGGAUCAUCAGCUGUACUGCCAGAGAAAACAAAAGAAAAGAAGAAGAAACGUAAGAAGUCAAAAGAAGAGAAACAGAAUCGCCGUGAUCACCAUCACCACCACCAUCAUGACAAAGUAUCUUUGAAGUCACCUGAAAGAAGGUUAAGUGUAACAUCUGUGUCGGAGGAGAGCAAACCUCAGUUGCAGUCUCCUCCCCCUCUACCCAACCUUGAAAUGCCACCAAGCCCACCAGUAGUCAAAGGAUCAUUAGCUAUGAUUUCGGAAAAUUCUCAUGCUUUGCUGCAAUGUAGAGAGUCAAUAAUGAGUUCAUCGUGUAAACUUUCACCUACUAUAGCAAAAUCUAUUGAGAAAAAGAAACCAGAAAAAUUUAUUCCGGGCUUUGGUGCUGAUAUUGAUGACACGAUACAUGAAAAUGCUGUUAAAAGCAUUUCUGAAUUUGAAGAACCAAAAGUAGAUGCUGUUAAAAUUAAUGAUGGCAACAAAGUGGAAGAAAUACCAAAAACUGAGUCUGAUAGUUUGAACGGAGAAGAAGAAAAACCACGGGCAGUAAUUUCUCAAGAGGAAACUGAAGAUGCUGUGGCUGCUCUGCUAGGGGAAUCUUUUGGUGGAGGGUUUGGUGAGUGCUAUGUGGCUGAUGGUAACAGCAGUCCUACCAGUACUGCUGUGACAAAUCCACCGGAGCCACAGUUGCCAACAGAUGAAGAGGAGGAGACUAGACAGGCAGUUGAAGGACUUAUUGACUUGAAACCAGAUACUCCUCAGUCAGAACCUGAUCUGCAGAUAGAUACAGAUACAGAGGAUAAUAUAGAAGAAAAUUAUACAGGCCUCAGAUUUAGUAAUGAUGACAACCCUAGAACACCAGAUGGUUUGGAUUUCUCUGGAUUGCCAAAAACACCUGAUCUGUCUCCAUCAUUUUACAGGCAGCAUCAAACAACAUCAGAGAAGCAGUUUGAAGAAAGCACUAUUCCUAUGCUAAAACCCUUGCCUGAGCCAGAAGUUGUACAAGCUAUUCAGAAUGACUCUCUAGUCAAAUUGAAAGAACCUCCAACAAGUGAUUUAGUUUGUGAGGAAAAAGAAGAGGCAAUCAAGAAUGAAACAGAAGAUAGUUUGGAUACAGCAACAGCGACGACGACUGAGGCCCUACCACCUGAAUUACCUUCAUCUUUACUGCCAGAAAACCAGUCAUCUCCAAGAUCUGAAUUGGAUGCAGAUAAUGAGGCAACUGAUGAUAUCCAUUUGGAAACUAAACCUCAUUCACCACUUAUAUCUGAAGACAACAAAAAAGCACUGGUAGAACAAAUAACACCUGAGGUGGAUGUUAAAGAAAGCACAGAAAAUAAUGUGACUGUGUCAGCACCUAGCAGUCCUUUACAAACAGAACUAGAGGUAGAAAAAGAAAUUGUUCAGGCAGAAGGCAUUGAAGAUACCCCAGAACUGUACGAAAAUGAUAAAGUUGAUGUUGAGAAGUCCCCAGAUAACGAAUCUUCUGAAGAAAAUGGUGUUACAGCAAAUGUUGUCGGAACUGUGGAAGAGCCAUCUGUGGAAACUACAAGUGACAGAGAUCAGUUUCAUACACCAGAGCCUGACACUAAAACUGAUGGUGGUUCUGCAACUGAACUGAAUGACAUGGAACCUGUAAAAGAUGAACAACCAGCAAGUGAAAGUGUAAAGAAUGAACACUGUUGUGUAGAGGAAACUGAAAAGAAAAGUUAUGAAUUGGAUGAGUGUGUCACAGAAGAUACAGAAAAACAUUGUUUAAAUAUUGAGAAGCAGGACACAUGUGCUGAAAUAUGCACAUCUGAGGCAUCAGUUCAAGAGGCAAAAUCACCUGAAGUAAAGGAAUGUGUGGACACAGAAGAGAUAAAAGACACUGAUGCCAUCAUGCCAUCACCCAAACAGAGUGAAGCAGGUGAAGAAGUAACAUGCGUUGAUAACUCAAAUGUUUGUGUUAAAUCGGACCUGAUAAUUGAUACCAGAGAAUCAGACUUUUCAGAGUCAGAGAAUGAUAUGAAAAGUGAUAAUGAUUUUGUGACUAAUUUAUUGGCAUCUGAUUCUAUGACUCAGGGGCUUUCAGAUGAUACACAGACAAGUUUUAAACUUUACAAAGAGAAAGAAACAGAAUUAGUGUCAGUAAUUAAAGAAACUGACAGCCUGCAGAAUAGGGCAAAGGAAGAGAAAUGUUUGUUUCCUGAACUUAAGCCAGUUGAGGAUAAGGAUGAAUCUGUGAAUACUUUCGGCAUGGUGACGAAUGAUAGGGGUGAUUUCAGUGAAAAAGCAGAUUUGAUAGAUGUAGUAAAGAAUGAAGAUUUCUGGACGGCUAAGGAGGAGGUGAACAUAGACUCUGUGAUUAAAAAAGUGGAUGCUCUUUGUUCUGUGGAAGAUGUACCUCCAUUUGAUAAACUUGCAGAUAAGCCUGAUGUGACGAAUGAUACCAAGGCAUGGUUCAGUGGUGUAAAUGAGAUUGAAGCAGCAGAAGGUAAAUUAGAUAUUAAGCAAGAGGAUACUGAAAGGGAAGUUAAAUCAGAUAUGCAGCAGAAGUCGUGCGACACACCUGAAUCUCAGAUAAGUGGUAAUAUAGUUCCGACAGCAACUGUUAAUGAGAAACAUGCCGAAGAAGAAGAAGAUGAAGAAAAGCAAGGCAUUGCCCUUGAAACUGAAAAAGAACAGAAUGACAGCUUUUCAGUGUCGUCUCCCACCGCAGAGUCGGAGUGUAGAGCACCUUCUGGUUACACUACAGAGGAUCAAGACCAGUCACAUGUUUCAACAUUGUCACCUGAACAUGAAAUUAUUGAGACUAGGCAGUGUCACAAUUCUGUCGGUGUGCCGCGUGGAACUAGGAGGGGGCGCAGAGGUUACGGUGGCAGACGUAAAGCAGCUGCAUCCAGAGUGGCAUCUGGUGUGACAACUAGACGAACUAGACUUCAAAAACGUGAAGUGAGUCCAGUCACAUUGCCCCUGCUGCCGACAUCUACCUCUCCGAGAAGAGGUGGCCGUGCUCAGAGAAGCAAUAAAUCAUUAGGCAUUGACUCCAGUGGCCAAACAGGCAAAAAACUUACUACAGAUGUCUAUGAAUUUCAUGAUGACUCUGAAGAAGAAGGAAAUACGAGUGCUGAAAAGGGCCGGCCACGUCUAAUUCUUACUAUCAAAAGUCCUGUCAGUGGUGCAACACCAAAUAUUUGUGCAAUUACGAAAGAAGUUCCAGUUACAACAAAAACUUUACCUUCUCCAGCACCUUCACCAGUCUUAGAUGUACGAGAAGAAUUUCCUUCACCUCCCACUCCUGCAUCUGCUGCUACGACACGCAAGUCUCGUCGACUACAAGAACGAGAUGGUCCUAGAAAUACAGUUGACGAUGUUAUCGAAGAUGUUGUUCGUGGGACAGUAACACGAUCUGCAGCUGCAGCAGCAGCAGCAGCUGCUGCUGCCGCCGCCGCUGCUGCUGCUGCUGCUGCUGCUGCUGCUGCCGCUGUCACCACCACUACCACAACUGCCCUUACUUGCACUACAACUACCACAAGUACCACUAUUACUACUUCUUCUAUUACUGUUGCCAGCGUUUCGGCAACCACAGCUGCUGGCAGUGUAGGCCCUGUUGUGACACGUCGAUCGGCUAGGCAGAACCAUGCUGUAGUUUCCCGCCCAUGUCCUGAAGUUAGAAAAUCCCCAAGAGGUGCAAGGAAAGGUUCACAGCAACGUGGAGUUUCGGAGAUACUAGAUGAAUCUUCGGAUGAGAGGCAUAAGUUUGAUGAUGAUCCACCUUGCCCCAAGUCUUCAGAAAUGUCACCUUUGAGUAGUGGUGAAAAUAGAGACGCUGUAGAAAAAUCAGAUGUCCCUCUGGACGUUAAUUCCCAAGAAAAUAAUUUGAAACCACCUGUGAAAGAAACAGAUUCUUUAAAAUCUGUUGAUAGCAAAAAGAAUUCUGAAACUGAUGCAGAACCAGUGACUCUAAUUGACCCUGUUACUGGACUGCUAAUACCUUUCAGGGAGUCUGAGGAAGGACAAUACGUUCCUGUGACAACUGCUGCAUUGAAUGCUACUUCCAUUGUGUCAACUGUUACCACUACGCAGCCACCUUCAGUUACUUCAGAGCUCAGUGUCCCACAACUGGCAGCAAACGAAGUACUACAGAAACCACUGGUGCCAUCACCUCCUGUUAAAGUCACUCCAGCCUCGGAAGAAGAUUCCGUUCGUGCACCAGCCACAUCACAUGUUCCAGUAAUAUCCAAUCCACCUCAGAAACCGCCAAGUGCUACACCUCCGGUACCUUCUGUAACAGCAUCUGUCAAAUCGACAAUAGUAUGUAAAGUGGCACCGUUAUCUUCAGCGGUACCACCAUCCACAGCAACACCACCACAGAAAUUACCAACACUGAAGGCUCAUGUACUGCAACAGGCUGUCACAGUUGCACCACCAAAGCCUACUCCAGCACACCAGACCGUCACUCCUCUCCGUCCACAACAGGCUGCAGUUACUGUGCCUACUGCUGCUGUUCCCAUCAGGCCACUACAGCAGAUACCCUCUACUCCCCAACAUCAGCCUCAGUUGCAGCAACCAGCUCAACCGCAGCCAGUCGUUAGACCACCUCCUGUCAAUCCAAAGUUCCACUUACUUCAGGGAGCUGCAGUCACCACAGUGAGUCCCGGUACAGUUACCACGCGUAGACCGCCGUCACCCAGCCCUACACCAGUUGCUCCAAAGGCACACCUGCUCCAGGCUGCUACAAAGCAGUUUAGUGUCCCAGUGAGUCAGGUUACUGGCCACAAAGGGCAUCAGGUACAGCAAGUUCAGCAGCAGCCAAUACCGACAGGAGCUGUUGCUAGCCCACCACUCAAGUCUAAUGCACCUCAUCACUCUAGCCAGCAGCCUGUAGUAGCGGGUGCUAGCAGUUCAAGAACUAUUGCAAAGCCUCAGGUGCCACUUACCCAUCAUGGAAAACCAGUAAUAGAUGGCUCAAAAGUGGAAGAAUCAAUGACAAGCUGCAUUGUAGUUCCGAGUGUCAGCCCUCAGUCACGAGGACAAGUUAUGCAAGCCGGGAUUCCUGUUCCUGCUUAUGAAGCAUCUCUCCAUGCGGGCUCGGCAGGGGUGGUAGCUGAGUUGCUUCCCAACCCUCAGUUUGUCGUCACUCGGCAUCACAGCCCCCCACCCGCACACCAACAUGGUGGACAGGGGGAGGUUGUGCAACAUGUGCCUUUUCCACAUCACAUUCGCUCAGCUGCAACACAUGAUUUGCAUUAUGUGCACCCACAAAUCAUGUACCAACAAUUUCUGCGUGCGCAGGAAGCUCUUGGUGGACACAUACCUUACCAUAUCCCAGCAGGAGCUGUUCGUUCUCCUAUUCUGCCUGCAAUUGACAUUAAGUGUGCCGAUGUAGAUGAGGAUGCCGUACACGGGAGUAGCCCACCUCUCGAAUUACGGAGGCCAUCAAAUGCUAUUCGUGGUAGUAGUAGCAGUGUGCGUGGUGGUCUCACGUCACCUCACGACCGUACUACUGACUCACCACAAGUGGCUACGGUAUAUCGUAUGGCAGCUCAUUACACCCCGCCACCUGGUCGGUACUACGGUGAACCAGGUGCCGAACCUCCACCGGCACAUCUACCACCACGUGCUCUGCCUCGACAUCACCAUCCCUUACCUGGUUCUGAAGCACCGCCAGGUGGACAACCAAGACUUCAGGUUGCUACACCACCACAUGCUAGCCAGGUGCCUCCACAAGCUGAUUCACUGCUUAUGUUAUUGCAGCGCUACCCUGUAAUGUGGCAAGGGCUUCUUGCUCUGAAAAACGACCAAGCAGCAGUCCAGAUGCACUUUGUGUUUGGAAAUCCACAUGUUGCACGAGACUCCCUUCCAUGCAAUUCAGAUGGCAGCACACCACCUCUCAGGAUAGCUCAGCGUAUGCGACUGGAACAGACGCAAGUGGAGGGUGUAGCCAGAAAAAUGCAGAUUGAUCAUGAACACUGCAUGCUCUUGGCUCUACCAUGUGGCCGGGAUCAUAUGGAUGUGUUGCAGCAAUCAAAUAACCUACAGACAGGUUUUAUCACAUAUUUACAACAGAAACAAGCUGCUGGAAUUGUGAACAUCGCAGCCCCUGGCUCUCAGCAGGCUGCAUAUGUGGUGCAUAUCUUUCCGUCCUGUGAGUUUGCUAACGAAAACCUAGCUAGAAUAGCUCCUGACUUGUUGCAUCGAGUAUCAGACAUAGCACACCUACUCAUAAUUAUUGCAACAGUGUGAACACUUGACAUAAGUGGACCUUUGUCAAGUGAAUUAUAGAAUGGCCAAAAGGCACCCAGCAGGAAGAAGAGAAAAGUUGACAGCACGUAGUAGAGCAGUCAGCAAGAAGGCUGGGUGGUGGUCAGUGGCAGGCUCGUGGUGCUGGCCCGCCUGGCACUAAACAUGCAGCUAGUACAGAAUUUCUCAGAUUGUUUGCUUUGUUUAGGUUUUCUGAAAUGUGCUUUGGUGUUGUAUUCUGUUAGAAUUUUUUUUGUUUUUUGAAGAAAAAGAGAAGAGGGGCCUAAUUUUGAAUGCAUCGGAAAGGAGUUCUUACUCUCUGCAUGUUUAGUAUCAGGCAUAUGUUUUGAACUCCUGUGGGAAUCAGGAAUAAAAAAAUGAUGUGUGAUGGUUUUCGCUAAUGAGAUAGCGGAUAUGUCUGCAAAGUCUUAGAUGAUUUGUUGAUUGAUUCACAUUCAGUAAGCCAGUAGCAUCACAGUUAUCAGAUCAAACGUGUCUUUAAUACUACUGGUGACCAAUGAUGCAAUUUGGUGUAUUCAGCUGUAAAGAAGUAACAGAUUAUAUUAAAGAUUUAUUGUUGCAUGCUUGCUGAAAGGAAAUAUGAGAAAUGCUGGGUAACAUUCCUGUAUAGUUGUCUGAUUAUUUUUAUAAAUAAAUAAAUAAAUAAAUAUGUGUAUAAAUAUGUAUAUUGUAGAUUGUGUUGUUGUCCAUAGGCGGAAAAAUAGCAUUAUAAUAUUUAUGGACACAAUAGUUUAUUCUAGUCACAGUUUAACACUUUAAUGUGGAAGAUUUUACCCAGCAGUUCUUACAUUUUUGUUUCUAAUGUGACGCAACAAUAGUCUUGUAUGAAGAAACUGCAAGUCAUUUUGACUUUGAAUGUGUCUGUCUUUGUGUGUGAAUCAGAUGUUUCCUGAUUGUGUGACACUGUUUGGAACCUACAUUCAAACAGUUUAUAAAUGUGUUUUAAUUUACCAAAACUGUGUGUGUGUGUGUGUGUGUGUGUGUGUGUGUGUGUGUGUGUGACAGAGAGAGAGAGAGAGAGAGAGAGAGAGAGAGAGAGAGAGAGAGAGAGAGAGAGAGACGACACAGGGAUAUUUAUAAUAAUUUAAGCUUUGGCCGCAAUGAGUGCAGUUAUACUCAUUGAAAUUGAUUGCUUUUAGGCAAGCACAAUUGUAGAAAGAACCCAAAGGAUAUUCUGUUCUAUAGUGUGUGCAUAUUUUCAAUGAGUAGCUGUGUUAGUGAGAUCAAAUCGAGACUAGGACAAGAUAUUUGAAUGUCACAUGCAUUUAUGUACCAUGUGCUUACACAUUUUAACAAAUAAUAUGAAGAUUAAGAUAAGUACAAUUUAUUAAUAAACGUGUUUUAUGUUAAAAUUUCGAGUCUGUUAUUAACGGGCAGUGUUACGAGAGUUGUAUGUCAGCGCGCAUAUUACAUAAAACCUGCCAGGUGUACCAUAUGUAAUUUUUAAUUUUCUGUAGGUACCGUCGUUCGUGCGAAUGUUUAUUCGAUGUACAGUAUGUAAUUAUAUAUAUUAUAAAACUCUUGUUACAUCUUCAUAAGAAAAACUGGACUGAUCUACUCAUCAUUCAUAAUCAUUAAUUUUAAGAUCAUUUCAUUACUUGUAUAUUUUGUAUAUAAAAAUACUAUAAUUGUGCAGUGUUGUUCGACUCUUUAGUCCAUGUACCUACACGCGAUGUGGUUUAAAUAUAUGUAUAUAAGAAAUGAGCGCAUGUGUAUAGGAAGAAUUGUAAUACUGUGGAUAGAUGUAUAUUGGUGUGUAGAUAGAACUGUUAAAUGUGUACUUUUUUUUCCUGCGGUUUAGUAUGUGCAUUUCUUCGUACUUACACAUAGCUCUUUAUUUCCUGUUGCAAUAAACAGAGGUGUCUCUGUUUAGCCUCUGUUCUCACUAGCUUCAAGAUGAUGUAAAUGUAUUGUGUAGAGUGUCUUGUAUUUUUGGCAUUAGAUUUAUUUGUUUUUAAAUUAUUUUAAAUUUAGAUAUGCCAUAAGUGGUUAAAAAGGUGUUUUUCAAUGUCAGUUUGCUCAAAAUGUCAUCCCAGAUUCUAUUUUCACUUUUUAUUAUGUAAAAGUGAGUGAAAUCAUUAUAUAUUUUUUGAUGUGUACAAAAGUAAAACAUGGAAAAAUGGAAAAAAAUGAACUAUGGUGAAGCGGACACAAGUUCGAUUGUUUAAAUAUACAGCCGAUUCGGUUAUGAAGGCAGGAAACAAAACUUGUAAAUAUUUUCAGAGACUACCUUAGGCUGUGAUCUCUCUGCAUUAAGUUACUAAAUUUCAUUUGAUAAAAAGAUCGUCCAGUGAUUUAAGUUAUUUGAUGAAUGAAAAUAUAAAGUGUUAAUAAAA